UGGGGGUAGGAGAAGGAGGCAUGUGGAUGAGUGGGGGACACACCAAACUCAUCAAUUUCUUUUUUCUUUUUUUCAUAAAGAAAAUCCUCCCUUUCAAAUAAUUGAGCUUUUUUACACAACACACACUGUGGUGAAGAAGAAGGAGAGGAGAGAACAAGAAAAAAGAGGGGCAGUUGGGGAACACAUACAGGAACUCUUUUCUUCUUCCUUGAAUCUUGGAAUUUCUUCUGCAUUUUGUUGAGUUUAAACUUUAAGGGCUUCUUCACUCCAAAACAAUAAUAAAAACCCCAAGAAUAGUUUCUAUUUUACUGUAUUGAAGAUGCCAAGACCAGGACCAAGGCCUUAUGAGUGUGUGAGAAGAGCUUGGCAUAGUGAUAGGCACCAACCCAUCAGAGGUUCUCUCAUUCAACAGAUUUUCAGGGUUGUGCAUAAGAUUCAUAACACCUUCACUAAGAAAAACAAAGAAUGGCAAGAAAUGCUUCCUGUAGUUGUUUUCAAAGCUGAAGAAAUUUUGUACUCAAAAGCUAAUUCUGAGGCCGAAUAUAUGGAUUUUAGUACCCUUCAAAACCGUUUACUGGACGCCAUCAAUACCAUAAUAAGGCUUGAUGAGAGCACUGAAACUGGAGACUUUCUUCAGCCUUGCAUUGAAGCUGCUCUCAAUUUAGGCUGCACACCCAGAAAAGCUUCACGAAGCCAACGAAACAAUGUUUCUACAAACUAUCUCAGUUCUAGGAAUCAGGAGACUCCCAGCUUGUCUAAGGCUCCCAUGGUAAUGAAGCCUUCUCAGGGAGCUGUCACUAAUACUCAUCGUGUCCCCUGUUUUUGGAGUUUGGCCAAGCCUGAGAACAAUGGCUUAGGCAAUUCAGGCUUCGGACUCAAAAGCUUUCUUCCUGCUCAUAAUUUCACUUCUGAAAAGUUCUCUGCUUUUUCAAGCCCACAUGGUUUGAUAGAAAAUGCUCUCCCACCGACCAAGUUCUCCGUCUAUCCACUAUAUUACGGGAAUGGUGUUCAGUGGCAAGGACAACGCUCUCACUUCAAUGUUGCUCCUCGACCGGUUGCUACAUGUUUGGAUUCUACUGAUGGUGGCAUGGAGAAUAUGAGGGCCUCUGGUACAAUGUUAGCAAAUGGCAUCACCCAAAAUGAAGUAAUAUCUUCUCUUGCUAGCCCAUGUGAUCUAGCAUUGCGGUUGGGUCCUCUCUCAGAUUCAAGCUCAAGCUGCAAAAACAAAAUUCCGCUUCGUGUGCUUAAAGUUGGUGGUUCAAGCAGUUCACGAGAGGAAACCAAAACUGAGGAUUGUUCUCUAGUGAUGGAAAGGAAGCUUCCCUUGUUUCCCAGGAGAAAUGCAUAUGGCCUAUCUGAGCACAAUACAUGGGGGAAUAGUCUAGAGGACGAGUUUGUCUACGCAGAAACAAGGGUGAGAAAACGAAAGGCAGAUUUUGGUGAUUCAUUCAAGGAAAGACACUUAAGUUUGCUUCCAAAGGGUCCUUCCAGCAGGUUCAUAGACUGAAUCGUUUUCCAUUUUGAAAUAAACAAGAUUAUCGACGAAGAAGCUGCAACUAUCGGCCAGUUCAUUAAGCAUUGUCCACAACUGCAAUGUAAGAAUGAAGUUCAAAAACUAGAUUCUAAAUUUGGACGAAGGAAGGAAUUUAUGCGAGGAUCUGUUGGACCCAUGGAGUAGAUUACUUAAAUUUAUGAAGGGGAUGAUGUUUUAACAAAGAAGCAACUGGUGAGGUUAUUGCUGUGCAAAUGGGGGACAUAGAGGCAUUGAGCCAACAAGCUUACUUAUCAUAUUUUGGGAGCAAUAUGCUUUUGUUCUGUGGGUCCUUUACUUUUUCAUCUUUGUUCUUUUUUUUGGAAAGAGUUGAAUUGAUCAUUGAAUGUUUGGAUGGAA